ACAACAAAAACAUUGAAAUCAACUAGUGAUUUGAUAAAAAAGUACUCCGAAACAUUGAAUCUAGACGUAAAAUACCUAGUUCCUAGCUGCGCAAAACCACCAAAGCUGUAUGGGCUACCGAAGAUACACAAACCUAAUGCUCCACUACGACCAAUAGUCAGCCAAAUCGACUCACCAACCUACAGAUUGGCUCAACAUCUGGCUAAAGUACUUUCACCAUUGAGAGGAAACACAGCAGCAUAUGUAAAGGACUCGUACCAUUUUGUCAGUGAAAUAAAACACCUACAACUAGCUGACAAUGAAACUAUGGUCAGUUUUGAUGUUCAGUCAUUGUUUACAUGCUUACCCGUUGAAGACUGCAUCAAGAUUGUGUCUAAGAAACUAGCAGAGAAUAACAUGCCUACUGAAUAUGCUGAACUGUUAAAACAUUGCCUAACAUCUGGCUAUUUACUGUGGAAUAAUCACUUCUACACGCAAGUGGAUGGUGUAGCAAUGGGCUCCCCAGUAUCUCCCAUUGUUGCUGAUAUCUUCAUGGAGGAUUUUGAGGAGCGAGCCCUGCAAUCUGCACCCAUAACACCCAAAUUCUACAAGCGGUACGUAGAUGAUACUUUCACAAUACUACCAUCUGACAAAGUCACAGCAUUUUUAAAUCAUCUUAACUCCAUAAACCCCAAAAUUCAAUUCACUAUGGAGUCAGAGGCAAACAACUCCUUAGCUUUCUUAGAUGUUUUGGUUAUCCGUAACCCUAAUAACACCUUGAGUCACACUGUGUAUCGGAAGAAAACCCAUACAGACAAAUACCUUCAUGGUGAGUCCCACCACCACCCAACACAGUUAUCUACCGUUGGUAAAUCUUUGUUUCAGAGAGCACGUGGGAUCUGCGAUGAACAACACCUGGGUGCUGAGCUUCAACAUGUUAAGCAAGUACUGCACGACAACAAGCUCCGAGUACCGCGCCCUCGUCGCAGAACCCGCGUGAAACCAGCCACAGUUGAGCGUCUACCUGCUGUUCUUCCAUACAUAAGAGGAGUCACAGACAAGAUUGGCUACAUCUUGAAGCGAGCUUCAAUCAAAACCUACUUCAAGCCGCUGAAGAAGAUUAGUCAAUUCUUACCACCUGUCAAGUGUCACAUACCUCUACAAGAUGCGGGUGUAUACAAGCUUGAAUGUGAUUGUGGUCUCUCUUACAUAGGCCAAACUAAAAGAAGCAUAGGGACCCGCGUAAAAGAACACAUCGCCGAUGUCAAACACCGCCGUUCCAGACAGUCAGCAGUUUGUGAACACACACUAGACAAGGCCCAGCAUUACAUCAGAUUUGAUAAACCACAAGUCCUUGCAAAAGAAAACCGAUUCCUACCUAGGAUGAUUCGCGAGGCUAUUGAAAUUAAAAAACAUCCAAAUUUCAAUAGAGAAGAUGGCUGGGUCAUACCACCUGCUUGGAAUCCCAUCAUAGAAACUAUUAAAUCAAAAUCCAAGCCUACAACUGCUCGACCUAAGGAUACAGUUAGCUCGUUUUGCGUGAAUCGGAUUGUCAAUAAUAAUUAACAAAAUGUAGGGUAGCUGUUUGUAACUAAUAUAUCAAGACGACCAACACCUUAGUCUGCCCGUGACCAUGGAUGCUGUAAAGGAUCCGAAACGUCGGGAUUAAAUAAUAUAAUAUAACCGCGAUAAAAUCCGUAAAA